AUGCUCAAGGCGACGCGUGUCGCCCUAGGAAGCACACCGAGCAGUAAAGCAUGGGUUAGCCGCCAGCUUCGCGACCCGUACGUCAAGCACCGUCUCGACCUCCGCUCGCGCUCUGCCUUCAAGCUCCUCGAGAUUGAAGCACAGCACAACUUCAUCGACAAGCCCCAUGUCAGGGGCGUCGUAGACCUCGGUGCGGCACCCGGCGGCUGGAGUCAAAUCGUCUCGCGCAAGCUGGGCUGGUCGAGGGAACGGUCUGCACCGAUGCGCGCACCGAGCGGGAAGGACCUCAAGUCUGCAUCGCAGAAGAGCACCCGAAAAGCUCGGGUGGAAACGCUGGAUGACGACUACGAUCCCCUGAACAUUGAUGACGAGCUGCACACGCUCAAGGGCCGCGGGACGAUCGUCGCCGUCGACUUACUGCCUAUGGUGCCGAUCCCGGGCGUACGGACUCUGAAGGGCGACUUUCUCGCGCCAUCGACGGUGCAGAAGGUCCGCACGCUCCUUGCGACCUCCGAGAACCCUGGGGGAAAGGCCGACAUCAUCCUCUCCGACAUGGCAGCGAAUGCAUCUGGCACGGGCGUUCGCGACAUUCAGUCGAGCCUGGACAUCUGCGAGAGCGUAUACAGUUUCGCUGCGCGUAACUUGCGGUCUAUGCAAGAAACGGGGGAUUCGUGGGGCGGAGUGCUAUUAAUCAAGUACUUCGCCCAUCCCCUCCUUGAAGACUUCAGUCGAGAGAACUUACAGCCCAACUUCCGAAAGGUGCACCUAGUGAAGCCGCCGGCAAGUCGCUCGGACUCACGCGAGACCUACUUCCUGUGCAUGGGGUUCAAGGGUGGCGAGGAGCCUACACCAAUCACUGGUAGCGAGUUCGGCCUACUGCCAGAGUGA